UGUUGCCAUCACUCGAUGUCUGAUCUUCACUCACAGCAUUUUAAUCGUCGCCGUUGCUUCCUCUCGCCAGGCAGCAACACCAGCGUCAUCAACAACCAGCAGACGCCUCACAAUGGACAUCAACUCAACAGACCACGUGCUGACCUUCCGCAAGACGGGUAGACGCUACCCUAGCUUCGCCUGGCUAUUGGUCAUCGUCAGUAACGUCGUAAUCACAGGGGUACUCGCCGAUACCACCUACAGUAGGGUCCUCCAGACCCCGUUGGAACUCAUUGAGAGAGACGAGAGAUACACGCACUCGAGAAAUGUCCGAGAAACAACUACGACACUCACUGAGGCUCCUACCACCACCGACACAACAACCUUAGCAGCCCCUGAGAAGGAAAAGAAAGACAUUCGUCUUCCGAGAGCCCUGAAACCCCUCCACUACCUGGUCAAGCUUCAACCCUUCAUCAACGGCAACUUCAGCAUCCUGGGCUACGUGGAGGUGGAGAUGGAGGUGCUGGAGCCCACCCUCAACAUCACUCUCCACAUCGCCGACAUCAUCACCAAGAACGACACUAUCACGCUGAGAGACAAGGACGUCCCUGAUGGACCUGAUUUAGUGAUUAAGAAUCACGAGUAUGACCCUAAGCGAGAGUUCUACCUGGCGUACCUUGAGGAGGCGCUGCAGCAGGGUCACAAGUAUGUACUCUCCAUGGAGUUCACCGGCCUCCUCAAUGAUAGGCUCCGAGGUUUCUACAGAUCCAGCUACAGAGACGAUCUAGGCAAAGAGAAGUGGUUGGCGGUGACACAGUUUCAGCCGACGGACGCGCGACGAGCCUUCCCGUGCUUCGACGAGCCGGCACUAAAGGCCAGAUUCGAAGUGCACCUCGCCAGGGAAGAGAACAUGACCUCCAUCUCCAACAUGCCCAUCAGCAACACCUUCCCAGUGGAGGGUCAGGAGGGGUGGGUCUGGGACCACUACCAGACCACCGUACCCAUGUCCACCUACCUCGUCGCCUUCGUCGUGUCAGACUUCGGUCAUGAGACCUCCACUAACAUCGACCACGUCAUUUUUAGGGUGUGGGCUCGGGAGAAGGCCCUGCAGCAGGCAGAGUACUCGCUACGCAUCGGACCUGCCAUCCUCACUCACUUCGAGGACUACUUCAACCAGUCCUACCCGCUUCCUAAGCAGGACAUGGUCGCCAUCCCAGACUUCGCUGCUGGAGCCAUGGAGAACUGGGGACUCAUUACCUACAGGGAAACAUCGAUGCUGUUCGAUCCUGAGGUGUCGGCUCCAUCCAACCGGUACCGUGUGGCCCAGGUGGUGGCCCACGAGCUGGCCCACCAGUGGUUCGGUAACCUGGUCACGCCCAGGUGGUGGACCGACAUCUGGCUCAACGAAGGCUUCGCUGAGUUCGUCCAGUACAUCGGCAUAAACUAUGUUGAACCCACGUGGAAGGUGAAAGAAUUGUUCGUCACUGACAAUCUCCAGUACGUGUUCAGGUUAGACAGCCUGGAGUCGUCCCACAAGAUAAGCAUCCCCGUUGGCCACCCUAAUGAGAUUGGCCAAAUUUUCGACAUCAUAUCUUACGACAAAGGUGCAUCCAUUAUCCGCAUGAUGAACCACUUCCUGACGGAGCGCACUUUGAGGAAGGGACUGAGCAACUACCUCAGUGUUUUCAAGUAUGGGAACGCUGAGCAGGACGACCUUUGGGAACACCUGACGGAGGCGGCCCAUCAGGACGGUACACUGCCCCUUCACCUCACUGUCAAGACCAUCAUGGACACCUGGACGCUGCAGAAGGGUUACCCCGUCAUCAUGGUUGACAGGAGCCCGGACGGUACUUCCGCUACUGUCUCCCAGGAACGUUUCUUGCUGGCAGGGACGGCGGUUUCUACGGACACCCACGUCUACAAGUGGUGGGUGCCGUUGACCUACACAGCUGGCGACGACCCCAACUUCAACAAUACAGAGGUCAAGGUGUGGAUGAAGGAGUCCGAGACACACAUCACCAUCCCGUCCCUGCCCAACAAGGGUCAUUGGGUCAUCUUCAACCUGCGAGAGACGGGUUAUUACAGAGUUAACUACGACCACAACAACUGGAACCUGCUCAUCCAGCAACUCCUUACCGACCACCGGGCCAUCCACACCAUCAACAGAGCUCAGAUCAUCGAUGAUGCCAUGAACCUUGCCAAAGGAAACCGGGUGAGCUACGAGGUGGCUCUGGGGCUCUACAGCUACCUGGGCAACGAGACCGAGUACGUGCCCUGGAAGGCAGCCGUCAACAACCUGGGCUACAUAAGGAACAUGUUCACACGCACUGGCAGUUACGGUGCUCUCAAGAACUACCUGCUGGACUUGGUGGUCCCGCUCUAUGACAGGGUUGGGUUCAACAACAGAGCGGACGACCCUCUCCUGGAGCAGUACCUGCGCCACACUGCCGUCAGCUGGGCUUGUACGCUGCGCCACAAACCUUGUCUAGAUAACGUACUCGGCCUCUACCGCCAGUGGAUGACCAACCCAGAGAACAACACGAUCAUCUCUCCCAGCCUCAAAAGAAUAGUGUACUGCAAUGCGCUCGCGGCAGGCGAGGAAGAGGAGUGGGAAUUCGCCUGGAAUCAGUACCUCCAGACCAACGUGGGAUCAGAGAAAAGUAUUCUUCUGAGGGCCAUGGGAUGUACCAAACAACUGUGGCUCCUCUCCAGGUACUUGGAGAUGGCCAUCGAUCCCAACAGUGGCAUCAGGAAACAGGACUCACAGCUUGUCCUUGCGUCUGUAGCCUAUAACGACGUGGGGCGUCCCCUGGCCUGGACCUUCCUCAGGGACAACUGGAAAAAAAUCUUUGACUACUUGGGAGGAAAGGCAAAGCCCAACAUCAUAUCGGCCUCUACUAAAUAUUUCAACACUAGGCAACAGCUCAAAGAGGUGAUGGCCUUCCAGGGGGAGCAUCGAGGGGAGCUCAAAACCGCCACCAGAAAAAUUGAUCAGACUAUAGAGACGAUAACGAACGACAUUGCAUGGAUGGACGCCAACUACGACACUGUGGUGAAGUGGCUGGGACAGCAGGGCUUCAGCGCCAGGAUUAAGAACGUCUGGGCUCGGCCAUCACUCAUAGUAUAAGCCCUGGAAACACAAUCCGAAACUGUCUCUAUUUUCCGCUUGUUACAACUUGUAAUAAAGUUGUUACAUCUUGGCUUAACGUGUUUAUGACGUAUUAGAACGUUGUUACAACUUGAUAUAUUGGUUGUUAUAACUGGUUAGGAGGUGUUAAAACUUGUUCGAACGUUGUAGCAACGUCGUAGUUUAGGUGUGUGUUUGGCGGGAGGCUUUGAAUGAUGUAAUAAUAUACAGCUCUGUAGUUACGGCUCAUGUGGGUUGGAAAUAUUCCUUUUGAACAAUGAAUUAAAUAUAAAAAUGUUCACUACAGCCUCUUCCUAAAGGUAUUAGAAGCUGUAAAUAUACACAUGUCAUACCUAAUAGCCAGAAUGUUCUAUUCUCGGCCUAGUAUGCAAAGCCCAAUUUGCCUAAUGAGCAGAGUGAUUUUGUUAGUUUCAAAAUUUUAUUUCCAAGUGAUUUAUUUUGAUUAAUAUUAUUAGGAACAUGAAUUACUGACUUAAUUAUGUUAGUCCAAUUUAGGGUAAGAGAAGUCUUUUUGCCUAUGUAUUACAAUUUUUCCCUCCGGAUUCCAGCUUCUGGAAUCAGGUAAUAAAUACAAUAAAUGUAUUUAUUAUAUUUAUAAUAAAUAAUACAUAUUUAUAGUACAUAAUAGUAACUGUCAGGAAAUUUUUUAAAAGUUUAUAAAAUCUUAAAGAAAAAUUUAAUAUUACGUGUUACCAACGCAGACAAACCAAAUGCUAUUGCAAUUUU